GCGCUUCUCUCUUCACAUUCACAUCCAAAUUCGCCCACGUAUAAAUUUCUUGUUCGUUGUCCCCCUCCUUUCGUUCUCACCACCUCCUGUCCCUUCAUCGCGUUAGGCGGUGCGGACGUCGACCGAUUCCCUCCAGGCCUACUCUCACUCAACCGUCUCCGGUUGACCUCCUGUUGGCGUAAUCUUUCACGUCGUAUCACUCACCCUGUCUCCCGUCUGACCACAGUUCAUCAUGCCCUCCUUACGUCGAACAUUGUCUUCCCCUUCAGUCCGAUCUUCGCCAUACUCCCACUCCUACUCUUCCCUACUGACGAGACAAGGCGGCCAUGGUCCCCGCAGGUCUUCGGGUUCCGAGACAAGCCAGAGGAGAGUGCUGGCUGAUCUUGACUGGUGGAGAGUUCAGGAAGGUCAGAGGGAACUGCGCGGCUUACCCCCGCUCGCGCAGCCUGUCGACGCGCCUGAGGACACUCAGCACGAUGAGACCGAGGCAGAGCCCGCUCAGUCGGUCCCUCUCAUGACUGACGUGCCCCUAUGGCAGCCUGCACCUGGUUCAGGAGGUGCAAUGCAUGAGAGUGAAUUGAAUUUGUUCUCGUCUGUUAUUAGUGGUGAGAGUCCGAGUGUGAGCAACGUCUCAAAGUCUCUCUCGCCGCAAUUCGCUGCGCUUUCCAUUUCCUCGCGCAUACAUGGUCAUCGCAGAUUGAUCUCAUCAUCUGAGUCCUCAGUCUCUUCGUUGGAGAGCACACCGUCAUCCAUCCAGGCUUCACUUUGCCCCAUGUCGGACAUGGGCUUCGGUGACAUCGUCCCCCACAUUUCAGACGAUGAUGACGCGUUGUUUACGCCUUCUAUUCCGCGUUCGUUGACUCGUCGAUUGGCUCCUGUGGGCCGCUCCGUCAGCUACUCGUAUAUCGAGUCGGAGCUAUCGCGCCCGAGGGAAUGCCAGUUUGAGGACAUAUUUGACGAUGCAUUCGAUAACGAAUUCUUUGCUCAGACUAGGACCGAUGUAGAUGAUCUCUUCAACUGAACGAUCAUCUGCGAGUUGUGGUGGACAAGAGGAACCCCCCUCACUCAUGCAAAACCGCGUUUUGACGCGUCUUUCCCACUUCUCUUUAUCCUUACGACCUUGGAUGACCUUUAGAAGCCUGCACGCCCAUCUAUCUGCGCAUCUCCAAAUAGCCACACGUGUUUAUGACUGCCCACAGCUUGCACAAAGUCGGUAUCCAUCUAUCAAGUUGCUUAAAGACCCUCCACCUUAUCCUCAUUGAUUGGCUCAUCAUCCUCCUUCCCCCCCCUUUGGCAUCCCAGGUUCUACACUAUCGUCUGUUCCCCUCAAGAUCCGACACCCAUGACCCGCGUCGGUACUCCGUAUUCAGCCCCCAUCAAGCUUCUUCGUCCACUAUCACCACCCAGUACUCGGCGCCUCCACGCCCGUGCCCGGACAAGCGGCGUGCGCCCAUCACUCUACCAUUUUACUCUACCGUGCUUGUUGUCAGAUCUAGCCUCGUUUCCCCUCUCAUCUCAUUUACACCAUAUGCUUCUCCCGAUUCUCGCAUCGUGAUAGGGGUCAUCCUCUUCCUCCUAUCUCGUUUCUCUGGCCGUUUCAUCAUCCUUUGCAUCUUGUAUUCCCCCCUUGUCUUCAUGAUUCCCUGACGAUUCCAAUGCCCCAGUUGUCUCGCUUGCUGUGCCUUCCAUGAGUUCACUACCAUCCACUUGGUCCACUUUCACCACUGUUAGAGCAUAGAGCAUGAGAUUGUCUUGUCUCAGGCUCUCUGCCAUGCAAUGUAUGUCGGCGCACGUUGUUUCCGACAUAGGUUCAUGCAGACCGGGUCAACUGGGCAUUGAACGAAAAUCACGGACUAUUUUACACCUUCCACCCUUAACGCCUAGACGGUCUUGCAUGAGUUCCUUGUACCAUACUUGACGCCGCAUUUCACGCUUCCAUAACGUCCACCUUUUGACGUCCUCAUACGCCUCAUUCCCUUUUUACCCUUACCCUUACCCUUCAUCUACACUUGUUUUACUACGUCUUGCACUACCACCUUCUUCCCUUCCACCUUCUGAUUUACGUUUCACAGCAUGAUUCACGACGUGUACCGUGUACGAUUCCGUGUGACGACGUACGUCCACCCUCCACGAUUGUUCUUGUACUUGUGAUUUUUGCAACGUCGUCUUGUACCACUAAAACCCUUGAACGUACGUUUGCACCCC